AUGAACUUACAAGUACGAGAGAACGAGGCCAGAGAAGCUCAGACGAGAGAAGAGAUAGAGGCUCUGCUGAAAGAAAGGUUUGAAAUAAGGAGAAGAUUUCAGGCUGAUAAAGAUGGUUUGAUGCUCCAGCUUGAGGAAGAGAGAAGGAACACAGAGAAGGAGAUAGAGCGGUUUGACAAAAGGCAGAAAUCACUGAAGGCAGCUGGAGCAAACACUUAUAUUGCAACUAAACCUGACAUGUUUGGGAUCAAGUUUUGGGUGGCUGGCGACCUAAAAUCCAAGUACAUUUGUAAUGUCCUCCCAUAUCUUGGCAAGGACCCUAGUUGUCCCAGUGGAGAGAGACUGUCUGAAAAUGUAGUGAUGAGGCUGAUGGAACCAUUCCUAGACAAGGGCAGAAAUGUUACCAUGGACAAUUUCUUCACAUCGCUGUCACUUGCGCAUAAACUUCUUAGCCGGAAAACCACCAUCCUCUGCACAGUCAACAAGAUUCGCCGGGAAAUCCCUCAAUCCGCUAGACACACAGAUCGCAAUGAAUUCACCACUCAGGUGUUUUCAACCACUGCUGCUACGCUGACGGCGUAUGCGCCCAAACGGAAGAAGACCGUCUACAUUCUUAGCAGCAUGCACAGCGUGAUUCAGACUGAUAAUACCACCAAAAGGAAGCCAAACACUGUCACCCUUUACAACACCACAAAGUGCAGCGUGGAUGUGAUGGACCAGAUGGUGCAGGAGUACACUGUCCACACAGGGACACGGCGCUGGCCAGUUGCCGUGUUCCAUAACAUGAUUGACAUGGCAGCACUGAAUGCACAUGUGCUGUAUCAAGCAUGCACCGGAAGGCAGGAAAGACGGGUGGACUUCCUGGUGGAGCUUGCAAGAGAGUUGGCUAACUCUCGUAUGUGUGCGAAGAAGGCAAGAAAAGAACAAUUGCUUCGGACACAACCCUCCACACCUAGCCCUGGAAAAAGAGCGUCAGGUCAAACACCAAUGCAAGAACAAUCAUGCCACUGUGCGAUGUGUUCACUGCUACAGAUACACACGUGGUAAAUGCAGACGGGAGAUACCAUGGCAGUGCCAGGAUUGUGAGUGAUUGCUGGAAUGUACUCACUCACUUUUUAAUAUUAUUUGUAAAUAUGUGUACAAAUGG